GUGAGCCGCUGUGGCAUGGUGUAUUUAGGGACAUCAGUUCUGGGGAUUUGGCCACUAAUUGAAUGUUGGCUGCGAACUGUUCCCCCAUCUAUCAAAGUCUACAAUGAUGCGUUAGAAAAACUGUUUAAAACUUUUCUCAUUGUAAGUCCACUGAUAAAACUAACUAAAUUUAAUGCUUUUAAGAACCAUAUUGAUUAUAUGAUGUUAGUGCAUUAACAUGGUGAUUUUGACCAAUUCUUUGUUGUUAUUAGCUCAGUGUUCAUGAAUGGCUGAUGAAACCUCAGGAUCUUUUUUUUUUCAUUUUUCUAUCAUCUAACUGGAGCAAUUACUAUCACUAUGUUUGUCUCUAGCUGUCAGUGUAUUGCAUCAUGGUAUGUUUCAGCCUGGGCUUUCAUUUGUAAGGAGCAACUUGACCGAGAUUGUGGGCACCAUGGACACUGGCCUGAUUUUCAGCCUCACCAAAAUAAUUGACUGUUUUAUAAGUCCUCUAAAAUUAAAGGUGGGUGGGUCAAAACUGUAA